AUCGACGCACGGACUAUAGUCUAUACCGUAGUAUUUCAGUUUUAAAAUCGCGCUUUCUUGCAAAUUAAUUCGAUAAUUUUUUAUCCCCUAUUCCCCCAGCAUAGACAGCAUCUUCACCAGAUCUGCUUGUCAUUUUACCGAUUAGCCUCUGCAUUUUGAUUCCCUUUCGCUAUACAUACACAUAUAUACGUAUAUAAGUGUUGAGUUUGUUUGAAAUUCUAGGGUUUGUUGAAGAUGCAGAGCUCAAAGAGCUCAUCAGUGCCUCAACCAGAUGUAAUUCUCGAUUGGCUUCACAAAGAGAUGGGAUACAGGCCGCUUGGUCCUUACAUUGCUUCCAGCAAGGCUUCAAUGCCUUCCGCCGAUUCGCUCCGUCGAAUUCUCCGUGGAAACAUGAUCCCCGUCUGGAAUUUCCUGUUGAAGCGAGUCAAAUCGGAGAAAACUGUGGAGAAUAUCCGGAGGAAUAUACUCGUGCACGGCAGUGAGGGGAUUGAGGUGGAGACGGUGAAGAGGAGUAGAGAUAGGAGGAAGGAGACGGCUACGAGUUCGAAUUUAGGGGAGAGUAGUAGAGAGGCUGCGUUGCAGGAGAGAGAUGCGGCGGAGAAGGAGGUGGAGAGGUUGAGGCAGGUUGUUAGGAGGCAACGGAAGGAGUUGAAGGCGAGGAUGUUGGAGGUUUCGAAAGAGGAGGCUGAGAGGAAGAGGAUGCUCGACGAGCGGUCUAAUUACAGGCACAAACAGGUAAUGUUGGAAUCUUAUGAUCAACAGUGUGAUGAAGCGGCAAAGAUAUUUGCAGAGUAUCAUAAGCGACUACGUUAUUAUGUUAACCAAGCAAGAGAUGCUCAGCGAUCCAGUUCUGACUCUGUUGAUCUGGCUACCAGUAUCCACACCGGCAGUGAGAAGGAUUCUGUUUAUUCCACUGUCAGAGGCUCAAAGUCAACGGAUGACAUUAUUCUAAUUGAAACUGCAAGGGAGAGGAACAUCCGGAAGGCAUGUGAGUCUAUUGUAGAACAGAUGAUUGAAAAGAUUCGCAGCUCUUUUCCAGCUUAUGAAGGAUGUGGUAUCCAUGCUAACUCUCAGGCAGAAGCUGCCAAGUUAGGAUUUGAAUUUGAUGGCGAGAUCCCUGAAGAGGUUAGAGAUGUUAUUAUAAGUUGUUCGAAAAGCCCCCAACAGUUGCUUCUAGCAAUCACUUCAUACACAGAAAGGCUAAAAUCAAUGAUUACUAGAGAAAUAGAGAAAAUUGAUGUUAGAGCUGAUGCAGAAACCUUAAGGUACAAAUAUGAAAAUAAUAGAGUCAUGGAUGCUUCUUCUUCUGAUAUAAGCUCGCCCCUACAAUAUCAGCUUUAUGGAAACGGAAACGGAAACGGAAACAUUGGGGGUGAUGUGCCUUUAAGAGGGACCCAAAAUCAACUUCUUGAAAGACAGAAAGCCCACGUGCAGCAGUUUGUGGCUACUGAAGAUUCACUAAACAAAGCUGCAGAAGCUAGAAGCAUGUGUCAAAAGCUUUUGAAGCGAUUGCUAGGAAGUAAUGAUGUCGUUUCUUCUCACACUGUCAUUGGAGGCACAUCUCAAAACAUGAGUAGUCUUAGGCAAUUAGAGUUAGAAGUUUGGUCCAAGGAAAGGGAAACAGCUGGUUUAAGGGCUAGCUUGAAUACAUUGAUAUCUGAAGUGCAACGUUUGAACAAAUUAUGUGCUGAGAGGAAGGAAGCUGAAGAUUCUUUGAGAAAGAAGUGGAAAAAGAUUGAAGAAUUUGAUGCUCGUAGAUUGGAGCUUGAGUCCAUUUAUACAGCUCUACUUAAGGCAAACAUGGAUGCUGCAAACUUUUGGAGUCAGCAGCCAUUAGCUGCAAGAGAGUAUGCAUCAGACACCAUAGUUCCAGCAUGUACUGUUGUGAUGAACAUAUCAAAUGAUGCCAAAGAUCUUAUUGAAAGAGAAGUGUCAGCUUUCUACCAAAGUCCAGAUAACAGCUUAUAUAUGCUUCCCUCGACCCCACAGGCACUCUUGGAGUCCAUGGGUGCCAGUGGAUCCACAGGCCCAGAAGCAGUUGCUGUUGCUGAAAAAAAUGCUGUUGUGUUGACUGCAAGGGCUGGUGCUAGAGAUCCAUCUGCCAUUCCCUCCAUAUGCCGUGUUUCUGCUGCUCUUCAAUACCCUGCAGGUUUGGAAGAUGCUGGAUUAGCAUCUAUUUUAGAAUCAAUGGAGUUCUGCUUAAAACUUCGCGGGUCAGAGGCUUGUGUGCUGGAGGACCUGGCAAAAGCAAUUAAUUUGGUACACAUACGUCGAGAUUUGGUUGAAAGUGGUCAUUCAAUACUUAAUCACGCUUAUCAUGUGCAGCAAGAGUAUGAAAGGACAACAAGCUUUUGCCUGAAUUUGGCUGCAGAACAAGAGAAAACUGUUACAGAGAAAUGGUUAAAUGAACUGAAGACUGGAGUUAUAAAUGCUCAGAAAUGCCAGGAAGAUUGCAAAUAUAUAGGGGGGUUGCUUGAUGAAUGGUGGGAACAACCAGCGUCAACUGUUGUUGACUGGAUUACUGUUGAUGGACAAAAUGUUGCCGCUUGGCAUAACCAUGUGAAGCAGCUUCUUACAUUUUAUGACAAGGAACUCCUAUGAUCAUACUCAUUAGGCACUUGGUUUUAUGGGGUGAAUACUAAAGUUUGCCCUUGGCCCAUGCCUUCCUCACUCCUAUCAGUCCUAUGCCAAUUGCAGACAUUAACUAAAUGUUUGUAUGGUAUGGUUGCAAUUGUGCUUCGUGAAUCCUCUGUUGAGACCUGUACAAUAGCAGUUUCAGUUGUCUUAACAGAACCCAAGGUUAGAUCGGGGAGCCCAAGGUUAGAUCGGUUGGUGGGUUAUUAUAUGUUGGAUUCAGGCAGGGCUGGGAAGUUUCCUUCAUUGGGCAUGUAUAGAUAUUUCUUCCUCUGGCAGGAGUUGUGUGAUCGUAUGUUGGGUUGCCUCUGUUUUCACUUUAUUUCUUUCUCCCUUGUUUGUAAUGUUUGAGUUUGAUUAGGGCUGUGUACAGGGAGAGUAAAUUAACUUUAGAGGGGCUGGGGUGGGGUACUUUGUUCGAUAAAAGUUCUAUGGUAAAGUGUGAACUGAUUGAUUGGUAUGCAUAUUGAAAGACAAUGAUGGUAGGGAUUGAGCGUAGUUGUGUUUAUUCAA